AUGGAGAAGUCCAGCAGUGAGGAGUCAGCCAUUCACCGUAGCCCCUCCGUAGAUAGCCGUGAUUCCGAUUUUCCCCAAGCCUCCACGUCUGGCCGCCCGUUUGGUGGCCGCGGCUUUACUGCCGGAGCUUUCUACGGCUCAACGGGGCCGCGCAAAAACACUAACAACAAAUACAGCUCACCCAAAGGCAGCAAAUACGUCGUCUUUUACCUGGAUCUAUCCUUUGUGUUCCUUUUAGAAUUCAAGAAGUGCAACAUGGCGAGAGGCUGCUUGUGCUGCUUGAAAUAUAUGAUGUUCAUCUUCAAUCUCAUAUUCUGGUUAUGUGGCUGUGGGCUGCUCGGCGUGGGCAUCUGGCUCUCGGUGUCACAAGGCAGCUUCGCCACCUUCUCACCCUCAUUCCCCUCACUGUCAGCUGCCAACAUGGUCAUUGCCAUUGGCGCCAUCGUCAUGGUGACAGGCUUUCUUGGUUGCCUGGGUGCCAUCAAGGAGAACAAGUGCCUGCUUCUAAGUUUCUUCAUUGUUCUGCUGAUAAUUCUUCUGGCAGAGCUGAUAUUGCUCAUCCUGUUCUUUGUGUACUCAGAUAAGGUGAGUGAGAACGCUAAGCAGGACCUGAAGGAUGGGCUGGCUCUCUACAACUCAGAAAAUAACAUAGGCCUGCGAAAUGCAUGGAACAUCAUCCAGGCAGAGUGGAAGUGUUGCGGCGUAAUAGCAUACACCGACUGGCAUGAGGCCCUGAAGGAGAAAGUAGUUCCUGACCGCUGCUGCCAGGAGCAUUAUCAAAACUGUGGGCGCAACUCUACCAACAUGUUCUGGAACAGAGGUUGCUUUGAGAAAGUGGAAGAAUGGCUGGAUGAUAACAAGCAUCUGCUGGGAACUAUAGGCAUGGUCAUCUUGGUAGUGCAGCUCCUGGGAAUGGCCUUCUCCAUGACGCUGUUCCACCACAUCCACAGAACGGGGAAGAAGUACGACGCUUAGCCUCAGGGCGGAGGCACCUGAUGUAGUGGAGCCCCACUGCCUGAUGGGAUGAGACUCUAGUUUUACAAAAAAAAUCAAACUUUCAUGCUUCCC